CGCAGCUUGCCAGGCCUCCUCAGUGGAGUUCCGAGUCGCCGGCCUCCGCGCCCUGCGCCAGCCCCUCUCUAUGGAUCGCCGAUGCGGAUGGGGCUGGGGAGAAGAUGGCUCUGUCUAGGGGGCUGCGGUGCUGCCAGCGGGUGUUCGCCUGGGUGCCGGUCGUUAUCAUCACCCUGGUGGUGCUCUGGUCCUACUACGCCUACGUGUGCGAGCUCUGCCUGGUGACUCUAACCAAUCCCGUAGAACAAGUGGCCUACCUCAUGGUAUUCCAUGUCAUCUUUGUGCUCUUUGUGUGGACAUACUGGAAGUCUGUUUUUACUCUUCCGCUGCAGCCAGAUAAAAAGUUCCAUAUGUCCUAUGCUGACAAAGAGCGCUAUGAAAAUGAAGAGAGACCGGAGGUGCAGAGGCAGAUUCUUGUCGAAAUUGCAAGGAAGUUGCCAGUGUACACAAGAACGGGGAAUGGAGCUAUUCGAUUCUGUGAUAGAUGCCAGCUAAUCAAACCUGACCGUUGUCACCACUGUUCUGUUUGUGCUAUGUGUGUGUUAAAAAUGGAUCAUCAUUGCCCAUGGGUGAAUAACUGCGUUGGAUUUUCUAACUACAAAUUCUUUCUACUGUUUUUAAUGUAUUCUUUGUUGUAUUGCAUGUAUAUUGCUGCAACAGUCUUCAAGUAUGUCAUCAAGUAUUGGACAGACGAAUUGACCAAUGGACGUUCCAAGUUCCAUGUACUUUUCCUUCUUUUUGUGGCAGUCAUGUUCUUUGUAAGCCUGAUGUUUCUUUUUGGCUACCACUGUUGGCUUGUCAGUAGAAAUAGGUCUACUUUGGAGGCGUUCUCAGCUCCAGUGUUUCAAAAUGGCCCAGAUAAAAAUGGAUUCAAUCUGGGCUUCAUAAAGAAUCUUCAGCAAGUGUUUGGAGAGGAAAAGCGGCUGUGGUUACUACCUAUUGUAUCCAGCAAGGGUGAUGGACAUUCCUUCCCUAUGAGAACGUUAUGUGAAGUUCAGAAUCCACUGCUAGCAAACGAAGAACAGUGGGGAGAUGAUGGAUUAGAUGAAGAGAACCAUGGAGGAGCUCUGCCCCUACAAAUAAUUGGACUUGCAGUUUUGCACCAACAAGUUGCAGGCAGAAAUGAUUACCAUGAAGGUUCAUCUCUUGCCAUAGAAAUGGAGACAUAGCGGUUUACAAAUCUGGUGGUACAAAACUCACUCACUCAGCUUCCUUCUCAGGAGCCAGCAUCUUCUCUUUGCACAGACUUCAGAAUUGAAGGUCAGGAAGCAAAUGGAUCUUCAGGAUAAGAAAACAUCAUGAAGUAUUAUCUGAUUGGAAUCCUAGACUGAUUGUCCAGAAUACCUGCUGGUCAGAUCUUUCAGGGCUUUACAAGUUAAUGUCUGGGUGGAGCAUUUUCAUAGAGACUGGGCCAGGGAAGACUGGCCUGGAUCAUUCCCUUUUAAUAGAUACAAUUAUAUAUUAUCUGUAAUAGGUGAAAAGUGUUGGUGUAAAUGCAUUUCCACAGUCCUUUCCAUUGCUGCAAACAUCAGGCACUCUAAAUCUAAAAAUACAUCAAGCCUUUAUGUUCCCAGGCAGGCUGUUUAUCUUGGGCCUGAUUCUUCAGUCUUUACUCACAGUGAGCAAAAUUUACACAUAAAUCAACAGAAUUUCUUGAGUAAGUACUACUCAACAUGAGUCAGGUUUGCCAAAUCAGGGCCUAAAUUGGAAGAGCCCUUUGUGUGUGUGUGUGCGGUGUGUAUUUAGAUAACAUGCAUAUACAUUUGCAACUCUAUAUGUGCAUAAAAUACCUGCUCAUGCUGGCAGAAGCAAAGUUAAUAUGCCAAGACCACUGAUGCUGUUGUCUAGAAAUGCAUCAUCCUCAGUAGGAUUUUGAGGUUUACUGGCCGUGAAGCACAAUCCUGUAGCAGGUACUCCAAUGUCAAAGGAAAUUUUAGACAAUAUAAUGACUUCAUUUAAUUCCUAUGCCUAAAGAAUGAGAAUCUAACAAUAUCACAGAGCACAUUCGUCUUCCCUCUCCCACCAGGAUCCGUGUUUUACAAAGGUUUUAAAUCAUUGUUUUCAGUUCCAUAAGCAUUGAUUUAGAAGCAGGUAAAUUGGAAACUUGCAUUGAAUGUAUGGCUCCAGCGGCUGUGAUUGGAGCCCAACCUCAACAAAGAUAGGUUUAGCCCCAUAAUGCUGCACACCGCAGCUGAUGUUUUAUGUUAGCUCAGACUUCUGCCCGAUUAAAUAUAUUGACUGGUGCCGUAAAGAUUUUUCAGCACCAAGCUGUGGUCAUAUUUUCCAGUUACUUUGCAUUCCUUUGACUGCACAUCAUUGUUCCAGAUUUUUUUAAACUAGUUUUGCAAUCAAGAAUUUUGUACUAUGUUUGGAAUUUGGAGUUUGGUUUGUAGAUGUUAUACAGUUCUUAGGUCUAGGUCUUAAUUUUCUCUUUCCACCUGUAGAUUCAGGCUUGGCAGCUCAUCAUCAUCCAUGCUGGAAAUUAGAUGAUUGCUUCAUAAUAGUAAUGUAUGGAACAAUACUAAUAUUAGUCCUUAAGCAUGGGUCAUAAGAUCAGUCAUUACGCUCACUAUAUACCAUUUUAGAUACAGUUUUUUAUUUAGUAUCAGUCUUUACUUUCCUGUUGACAGUUCCUGAAACAGCAAGUGUGGAUGUGAUGAGAAACUGCUUGAUAAAUGUUCAGUGACAAAGGCCUUGUCUACAAAAUGGACUUUUUUCCCCCCUGAGAUUUCUCUCUUGCCGCUAUGAGAGGAGAAUAUACCAGUAGUAGCAGCAGCUGGAAAUUGUAGGGGAUAGAACCUGGUGUACAUAACACUUCCUCCUCCCACCUUCUGUCACAGAUAUAAAUCACUGCUUUUGGGAGAGAUGUCGUUCAUCUCUGUAUUUAAAUCCUGGAACUGGUAAUCGAACUCUUGCUUUCAGCAGCAACGUAUUUUACAAACACACAAUUUAACUCCUAGAAGCUGGGGUAGGUGGGACUGCAGAGCACGUCCAUAUCUUAGCGUAGGUUCUCUACUCAUCUCUCUUUGUUUGAGUGUGUUUAGCUAAUUAAUCUGUACAUUGUACAGAUGGGACCUCAGACACCUGUUUUGGUGGCUGUUCUGUUAUCAGGUGGCUCUAGACAUUUUUUUUUAUCAAAUCUAAAUUUGCCUUUCUUUAGUUUAAGCCCAAUAUUGCUUUUAAUACAUCCAACAAUAAUCCAUUUACAACUUCUGUAAAGGCUUGCUCCUUUCAUUACAUUAUUAUCUGUGAAAUAUUAAGGAAAGAUAGCCGUGAAAUCAAAGCAAUUGCCUAAUCUCAUGGAAAAUGUGUUUUAAAGUGAGAUUUUCAAAGGGAGAAAUGCAGUUAAGUGUCUAACUCCCAUUGAAAAUCAAUGGGAGUUAGGUACCUAACUGCUGUUUGUGCCUUUAAAAAUCUUCCCCUAAAUCACUACUAACUCUUUAAAACGGCCUGUGUGUAAAAAUGCGAAGAUGAGGAUUGAAACAGGAAGCUGGCAUAUUGUCUGUUAGCUUGAUUAUAUCCUUCAGGGCAGGAAGAACAGCGCUGUAGCCAGAGACACAUGGAACUCCUGGAGUUUUUUAAGUAGGUUCUUUUAUCUCUUGUUUUGUUUUUCUGUUUAUAGCCAUCUAAUUCUUUCGUUUCUUGCCAAAUCUAGCUGUACAGUGAUAGCAGGAGAGUAUCUACAAGGAGCUAUAGGCCUCCUUCUUUGGGUAGACCACAUCAAGCUGCAUUUCCUGUUGCAAGUAUCACUAAAAUGGCAGGCCGUCAGUGUUUAUACAGCUGUCCAAUUCAUAACGGGACAAUCUGAAGUAAUUUCAGGUAUUUUGAAAUACUGUUUUGAAAUUUCCAUGCUUAAUUUUACAUAUUCUAAUUUAAAAAGCAACAAAGAG